AUGCUCUAUAACAAAUGCAAUAAGGUCAGCCGACGAGAAUGGAUCCGAGGACCCAUGCAGCAGGCUACCAGGGGCAGAACCAGCAAGCACAAGGAGCGGGAUAGUGGUCUGAGGAACCUCAAAAAUCCCCAACGACCGUCAAAUUCCCAACAACGACCUUUACCACCUCCACAAGUCCGACGAACCCCUUCAGGGCUCAUGGUGGAUAUUCUCGCUCAUAUGAACAUCGGCUUCGACAUCGCUUCGCCAACCCGCUCCCACUCACCACCGGGGCACACCAUACUAUCUCAGGCUUCAUUGACGUACACCUCCCCUCCUCGUGCCGGGAGGGAGUUUUGUUCGCUACCAGUCGAGCCUGCAGCGCACCACAUCACCACCGAGGACAACCAUCCCCAAGACUUCAAGCGAAGAAUUAGGCGAGCUUAA